AUGAUAUUAUAUUUGGAAAAACUGAACAUUGGCCCAAAACUCCGAAAAAGGGAUGCGCGUGGAAGAAGAUCAAAUUUCAUCAAGAUCCUAAACAUCGUUUUUGACAGGGCUGAGACUCUAAAGAGGAAACUCCUAAGCAAAUAUAACAGGGAAUAUGAAAAACACCUAAUGGAGAUGAAGCAGAAAGAGGAGGAAGCAGCAGAGCAGGCAGCCUUCUGGGAAGACAUAAAACCAGGAUAUUCCAGUUCUUGCACUAUUUCAUUUGAACCAUUUUAUGGACUUAAAGAAAAGAAAAUUGGAGAAGUGGGACCUGGCCUACAAUCAACAGCAAAGGAGGCUCAACCUUCCUCAGUACCAACCAAAACCUCCAGCCCACCAGAGCAGUGUGCAGUAGAGAAUAAUACUAAGUUUGUCACCCCAAGCACAUCAUCAUCUGCCAAAGGGCCUGGGGAAAAUGACAUAGAGAAAAGCACAGUUCAGAAAGUCAGAAGUCUACGACCUGUGAUCCUCCCUCACGAUUUAUGUGAGAAAUUUCUAAAGUCUGCAAGGAAGAACACUAAGAAGAAAAUUGAGACCUGUGGUGUUUUGUGCGGAUCCAUGGUAGGAGAGGAAUACCAUAUCACGCACAUAGUCAUACCCCUCCAGGAAGGAGGCCCUGAUUAUUGCUAUGCCACCAAUGAAGAGGAACUGUUUUUUAUCCAAGAAGAACUGGGGCUUCUCACCUUAGGGUGGAUUCAUACCCAUCCAACCCAGAGAGCAUUCUUAUCAAGUGUGGACCUACACACCCACUUUUGCUACCAGCAGAUGCUGCCUGAGUCCAUCGCAGUUGUGUGUGCCCCCAAAUACAAAGAAAUUGGAAUUUUCUCACUGACACCUACUGGGAUAAAUGAAAUUUCCUGCUGCUCCAUGAGGGGGUUCCAUCCUCAUAGAGAGGACACUCCUCUCUUCAGCGACUGUGGCCAUGUCACCACCCAGAACACCACAGUGAUGAUCACUGAUUUACGAUGA